CACACGGCGCCAACCACGACGAACGUGUCAAACUAAACCAGAGAGUAUUCUAGUGGGUAAUGGUCGACCGGUGGUUGGGUCAACGCCAUUUUCCACACACGCACAUCCACAGCUCACAUGACAGCGAUGUAUACCAGAUGCCGGCACGUGCAGUGGACGCGUGAGGAAGAUAAGGUGCGGGAAACAGGACCACCAAUAAUUGAGGUUAAAUUAAAGGAGGGGCGAUGAGUGGGUGGGUGGGUGUUCCGAGUCCACACUCAAGAUCCUUCUUGCGUGGAUGUCACGCAAAGGGAGCGGCGGUCGCCAUCGCGGGAUGGACGGUCGAUGCCCCCAACCUGUUCGUCAUAAUGUCUGGUUUGUCUGUGUGCAGACCAAACCGUGGGAACGUGGUUGCCCGCACGCUUCAACAGAAUCGUGCGACGCAUGACGACGGAGACCGCCAGAAUACGGCAAGCUGGUUUGAAAAUUAUAUUAUCUCAAAAACCAUUAAUGGUGCACGGACUUUGCCGGUCCCGCCAAAAGACACGACACGAGUCGCGACUGUGCGCGGGCACUCGAGGGGAGAAGAAAUGGCCGCCUCCGCCAAAACCCUAGCGGAGCUCCUCCGUCCCCUCUCCCCCUCGACCAAAAUCCAGAUCUCCAAGUCCUCCUUCUCUGCCCGGACUCCCGAGCAGAAGAAGACGACCGAGACCAACAAAGCCCAGGCGCGAUCGAAGCGGGACCUCCGGAUCUGCACCGACAUAAUCGAGAAAUCGAGAGAUUCAGCCGAAAAGAUGGAGUACGCGAAGCUGGAGGAGCUUUUGGUGGAGGAGACGUGGUUGGAGGCUCUCGAGGGGGAGCUCCAGAAACCGUACGCGAAGAACCUGUGCAGGUUCGUGGAGAGGGAGAUGCGUGGGAGCGUCCCGAUCUACCCUCCGCCGCACCUUAUAUUCGAUGCUCUCCACCGGACGCCUUUCCAUCAAGUGAAGGCAGUGAUCAUUGGGCAGGAUCCUUAUCAUGGACCUGGUCAAGCCAUGGGUCUUGCUUUCUCGGUGCCGGAGGGUAUCAAGGUUCCUUCCAGUUUAGUCAACAUAUUUAAGGAACUCAGGCAGGAUGUUGGGUGUUCUUUGCCAUCGCAUGGAAAUUUAGAGAGAUGGGCUGUGCAGGGGGUUCUUCUGCUGAAUGCUGUCCUCACCGUUAGGAAACAUCAGGCUAAUUCACAUGCUAAAAAAGGAUGGGAGCCGUUUACUGAUGCUAUUAUUCAAAUAAUUUCACAGAAGAAAACAGGAGUUGUUUUCCUCCUCUGGGGGAAUUCUGCGCAAGCAAAAUCAAGAUUGAUCGACGAGUCAAAGCAUCAUAUCCUAAGAGCAGCUCAUCCAUCUGGUCUUUCAGCCAACAGAGGGUUCUUCGGAUGCAGGCAUUUCUCUCAGACGAACCAGAUACUGGAGAAACUUAACCUUUCUCCCAUAGAUUGGCAACUCUGAGCUCAGAUAAAUGCCGAAUUAUCAGGUGCAACCUCGCUACCAUCACCUGAUAUGGACUCUCUAAUCCGUGGACGGACCAUCAGGCCUGACCAAAUUUUGGUGUGAUUUAACUAUAUAUUGUUGUAUAUGAUGUAAUUCAAUUUACCCCACUGUAAGGAUACACUUACCUGCAAUUUUCUUGUAUUGAA